AUGGGUUUUGAAAAUGAACAAGAUCAUUUUGCACCCAAUGAUCUGAUGUUUACAUGCGUCAACACAGGUACAGCCAUUGAUCUUUAUGGCGGAGGUGGUCAUGAUGGAAAUUGUGUGAAUGGGUGGGAGUUCAACCGCUCCACAGCCCAGCAGUGGAAGCUGGAGAAGGUGAACCCUGGGUCGGCCUGGUCAGCAUGGACAUUGAGAAAUGUUUGCGGAGGCAGUUAUUUGGACCUGGCAGGGGGAAAUCCCGCAAAUCGCACUCCCUUGCAUGGGUGGAACACGGGUGGCAACGCGAAGAGCUCGCAGUGGUACUUGAUCACCCAGGAUAGCAAUAACGGCUGGUACAUGUUACAGAAUGCGGCCACGUACUCGUAUGUCGAUCUCGACGGUGGAAACGGCAACAAUGGAACGAGAAUCCAAGGUUAUCAGCGGGGAGUGGACCUGAAUCGGAAUCAGAUGUGGCACAUCCAUUUUGUCUAA